ACUUCCUUUUACAGCAUCUCUCUACAGAGGUCUUCUGCAUUCUACUCAACUUCUUCUCUGAGUUAUUGCCUAAUGAAUGACUAGACUAAAAGUACCAACAUUUUGGUUAUAGUCAGAGUUCAAGCACUGUGGCUUUUUUCUGCCUAUUUUUGGGUGGCUCCUUUUCCUUUUGUUAUUGAAUGCUAAAAGCAAUGCAGCUCCACAUAUCACCAAGUCUAAGGCAUGUCACUGUUCUCCCUGCUAAAGGUUUCAAGGACUUUAUUAAAGUAAAAGUUGGCUCCAAAAGAUUAUCGUAUCGCAUGGUCUUCUACUUCCUCCUGUUCCUUACUUUCCUGCUCCGGUUUGUCUUUGUGUUAACAGCUAUAGACACCAUCGAUGGAGAACGAAAAUGUUCGACCCUAGGUUGCUUGGGGAAAAAAAUUGGACCAAGGAUUUUGGGGAAACGGCUUGAAUCAACUGUUCCCGAGGUGAUAUACCAAGUAUUAGAGGAACCUUCGGACCAAACUGAAAUGCGAACAAGGCCCGAAUCUCCUCAAACAUUAGAUGAGUUUAUUGCAGAAAUGAAGGAUGGAAGACCAGACGCAAAAACCUUUGCUGUCAAGCUCAAAGCUAUGGUCACACUGCUAGAACAGACGACGAGAACUGCCAAAAUCCAAGAAUACCUGUAUCGACAUGUGGCAUCUAGUAGCAUCCCAAAACAGCUGCACUGCCUUGCUCUCAAGCUCGCGCAUGAGCAUUCCACCAAUUCCAAUGCCCGUCUCCAAUUACCAUCGCCUGAACUUGUCCCCGCCCUUGUUGAUAACUCAUACUUCCAUUUCGUCCUUGCCUCUGACAAUGUUCUUUCUGCUUCAGUUGUUGCUUCAUCACUCGUGCAGAAUUUCUUGCGCCCUGAAAAAAUAGUCCUUCACAUAAUCACAGAUAGAAAAACCUAUGCACCUAUGCAAGCUUGGUUUUCAUUGCAUCCUUUAACACCGGCUGUCAUUGAGGUUAAAGGGUUGCAUCAUUUCGAUUGGUUCACAAAGGGGAAGGUACCGGUUCUGGAAGCUAUGGAGAAAGACCAAAAAGCUAGAUCACAGUUCAGGGGAGGGUCAUCAGCAAUUGUGGCAAACAAAACUGAGAAGCCUAAGAUCAUCGCAGCAAAAUUACAAGCACUCAGUCCCAAGUAUAAUUCACUAAUGAACCACAUAAGGAUACAUUUGCCAGAGUUGUAUCCCAGUCUGGAUAAGGUAGUAUUCCUGGAUGAUGACAUCGUCGUUCAAACGGAUCUUUCACCUCUAUGGGACAUUGACAUGAAUGGCAAGGUGAACGGAGCAGUGGAGACAUGCAGGGGAGGGGACAAGUAUGUCAUGUCAAAGCGCUUCAAAAGUUAUUUAAACUUCUCCCAUCCUCUAAUAGCAAGAAGCUUUAAUCCCAGCGAAUGCGCGUGGGCCUAUGGCAUGAAUAUUUUUGAUCUAGAAGCAUGGAGGAAAACAAAUAUAAGUCAGACAUACCACUACUGGCUCGAACAGAACUUGAAAUCGGACCUAAGUUUAUGGCAGCUAGGGACAUUACCUCCUGGUCUAAUUGCAUUUCAUGGCCACGUCCACGCCAUUGAUCCCUUUUGGCACAUGCUAGGACUGGGGUACCAAGAUAAUACAACUGUAGCGGAAGCUCAAAAUGCUGGUGUGAUCCACUUCAACGGUCGAGCAAAACCUUGGCUAGAUAUAGCAUUUCCACAACUUCGUCCAUUGUGGACAAAGUACGUUAACUUCUCUGAUAAAUUUAUCAAAAGCUGUCAUAUUAGAGCAUCUUGAGUUGACCUGGGAUAAGAGUAAUGUUGAUAAAUGAGAGAACAAAGUUCGGUCACAGGAAUGGAGGCCUCCAAUUCCUGAUGCAAGAUGGCAAUAGCCCUGAGCUUGACACCCUGGAACUCCUACUGAUCACUUGAAUUUCUGGUUCUCCAAUGUAUUUUAUUUUGCAGUUUAGAUUCUAUACGGUAUGAUGGAUUCUUUCAACCAAAAAUGCUUAUACAGAUGGUAAAAAAGAUACUAUUUUCGUUCGC